AAAAAAAAAAAAAUACAAAGCGAUUUCCUCUCUCCUCUUUUCCAGCAGUCCCUGUCCAUCGCGCUCGCGAUUGUAAUUUGUAGUUUGUUUGUGUAUCACAAAGUAUUUCAUCCAAGAGAAUUGAAGAUAAAAAGUUGAGAAUUUGGAAACUUCUGAUUCAUUCCACAUAAUAUUGAAUGUAAGAAGUGUGUUCUAUCGUCGAUUCAAUGAUGAAGAAAAUUAAUUAUUUUUAAAUUCCUACCAUCAGACACUGUUAAAAUUUGAAGAAAAAAAAACAUUGAAAACGAGACUGAUCGAAGAGUGUUACAGAGUAUAUAUUUCUUGCCAGAUAUAUCACUGGAUGUUGGGGGGCGUUGUGUCCGCUCACCUCGGCUUCGCCUCGGUUGCGCGGGUCGCUUUGUUGUUCAUACUAUGUCUGUUAACUUCCCUCGGCCUUCGGCCUCGGUAGAACGAAUACAAUGCUCCCUCGAUCAAUUUGAACCGUAACAUGCCUCAAAAUAAUUACGAAAUGAGUUACAAUCCGCAGUUCCGCAAAGAAGACCGUAAGCUAACCCGCGAGGCAAUGGAACGAUACCUACGCGAACGAAAAGACAUGGUAAUCGUAAUACUACACGCCAAAGUCGCUCAAAAAUCAUACGGUAACGAAAAACGAUUUUUCUGCCCACCACCCUGCAUUUAUCUCAACGGAGAAGGUUGGCGAAUGCGCCGAGAACAACUGAACAGAGACACCGAUCCCGAACACCCGACCCAAUUAUGCGGUUUUAUAGGUAUCGGUAAUUCUGAUCAGGAUAUGCAACAGCUAGAUCUAAACAACGAUAAACAAUACUGCGCUGCCAAAACUCUAUACAUAUCUGACUCGGAUAAACGCAAGCAUUUCAUGCUAUCGGUGAAACUAUUCUACAGCAAUGGCCACAGCGUUGGAUUUUUCAACAGUAAACGAAUGAAAGUCAUCUCGAAACCGUCCAAAAAGAAACAAUCGUUGAAAAACGCCGAUCUUUGUAUCGCCAGUGGUACCAGAGUCGCGUUAUUCAACAGAUUACGCUCCCAAACAGUCAGCACGAGGUACUUGCACGUGGAAAAUGGUAAUUUCCACGCCAGCUCUACUCAAUGGGGAGCGUUCACGAUGUACCUAUUAGACGAAGACGACAGCGAAAGCGAAGAUUUCACCGUACGAGACGGAUACAUACAUUACGGCAGCACCGUCAGAUUAGUCUGCGGUGUGACUGGUAAAAUGUUACCUAGAUUAAUUAUACGAAAAGUAGACAAACAAACGGCCCUAUUGGCCGCCGACGAUCCGGUAUCGCAACUGCAUAAAUGCGCAUUUUACAUGAAAGAUACCGAACGAACGUACUUAUGUUUAUCGCAAGAACGUAUUAUUCCUUUCCAAGCAUCUCCCAGUCCGUUAGAUCCGAAUAAAGAAAUGAUCAACGAUGGAGCAUGCUGGACGAUAAUUAGCACCGAUAAAGCUGAGUAUCAGUUUUACGAAGGUAUGGGUCCGGUCGAGUCACCAGUUACACCGGUACCUAUAGUGAAUAAUUUGAACCUAAACGGCGGAGGUGAAAUGGCCAUGUUGGAACUAUCUGGCGAAAAUUUCAGCCCUUAUUUGAAAGUAUGGUUCGGCGAAGUCGAAUCGGAAACUAUUUACCAGUGUUUGGAAAGCAUGCUGUGUGUUGUUCCAGAUAUAUCGUUGUUUAGGGGUAAUCGAAUGUGGAGUAGACAUCCUACCCAGGUUCCUAUUUCGCUGGUGAGAGAUGACGGUAUCAUCUACGCUACCGGAUUAUCUUUCACUUACACUCCGGAAACCAUUCCUAAAAUGCUACAUCCCAUGGCUGAAAAUAUCAGGCCUAGUAAUUCAGAUCGUAUCAAUGACCUUAUGCAUUGGCCACAAAGUAGCGGUUUAUAGCAGCUUUUUUGUGUCUCGAGGUCGUGAAAACUGCGUUUUAUUAUUAUGGAUUCAUGUUCAUACAUAUUGGUUCUGUGAUUAUUAAAUUAAUAGAUAUAUCUAUAAUUAUGGGAACAGCUAACAAGGUCUUAAUGGAGCUUAAUUUUACGAUGUUUUUGUGUUUUGUUAAAAGACAUUUUUUUAUGCAUUUGUAUCGAGUACCUGUAUUUAAACAUUCUUAAACAAUUCUGGUGAUUUUCUUAAAAAGCAUUUUUUUUUUUUUUUAAUUUUAGGUUAUUUUUCUAUUGAACUACUCAUAAAAUGUUAAAUUUGUGUGUCAUUUUUAAUAUGAGACUGCAUGUAUUGUAAAUUUGAGUAAAAAUGUUUUUUUUUUCUUUUAAAUUAAUUGACACAUGGUACCCAAUUUCGAUGAUAUUUUAUCAUUUUUUUUCUCGUUCGCUCUACUAAUUCAUCUUGGCAUUUUUACAUAUUUUCGAUAUAACUUUUUAUAGCAUUCUACCAAUUUUCGUCAUUUCCGAUGAUUUUUCGAUAAAUUUUAGCAAUAUAAUUCAUUUUUUCUCAGUUUGGAGCCAUCUUCGUGUCAAUUUUAUUAAUUUCAAAACAUGUACUAAAUUAUGAUAAUUGUAAAUACUUUUUUUUUGCAUUGGUAUAAAAGUUGUGAUAAAACACACAAACAGUAGAAAAAAAAAAACAGAAAAAAUGUUGUAAAAAAAAGCUAAAUUUUCAACAAAAAAAAUGUAAUUUUGACAAAAUACGACAAAAUUUACAUGAAAAAUAAUGAGAUUUUCGUGGAAUGCGUGGACUUGAAAACGCUUUUUAAAAAACUCAAAAAUCAUUAAAAUCAAAAAAAAUCAGUAAAAUUUGCUAUAAAUGCAAAAAAGUGAUGAAGUUUUAAUAAAAUUGAAAAGAAAAUAAAGUAAGAAAUUGAAAUUGCACUUAACUUUUUCAAAACGCAAAAGAAGCAAUAAAAUUGGGGGAAAAUGCAUAAAUUAAUAUGAUUGAAAAUACUAAAAACGCGACUGAAGCACCAAAAAUGAUAUAAUUUUAUAAAAUUGAUAUGAAAAAAAUGUUGAAAACAUGUUCAUUAAACUCAUUUUUAAAACUGUAAAUAAGACACAAAAGUUGAUAAAAGGUCAGAAAAAUUGGCAAAAAAUUGCAUAAAAAAUGUUUACCUAAACAUAUUAAACUGAUAUACAAAUAUCGGAAAAAUCGCGCCAAAUUUCGAGGAAAAAAUGGUUUACAUUGCUAUAAAGCUAAAGAAAAUUAACAAAAACAAAAAGUCGUGAAAUUUUGUUAAAAUUUGACAAUAUUGAACAAAAAUUGAAUUAUACCUACACUGUAAAAAUUAUUCGGAUGAAUGAAUUUAUGGUUCUGAACAAUCACAUUGGAAUUCGAAUUUAAAAAUUUGUUUUCCCCUCAAAUUUCAGAAUGAAACACGAAAUUCUCCACAUUUUUUCACUUUUGCUCUCUGCACAAAUAAUUAAGUAGUUCGUCAAAAAUUUCCUAAUAUCAUCGUGACGUAGGUAAGUAUUAAUAAAGUAACUACUAUCUCUGGAUUAAAUUUUUGUAGAUUGACUAAAAUAAUGAAAAUGUUGUGUUCAAAUAUUUUCCUUUGUGAGUCCUAAAUAAAAGGAAGGAUUAAUUCAUGUUGUCUAAAAAAAUCUUCAAACUAAAAAGAAGUACCUUAAAACUAGCACCAGGCACCAGAAGGACAUUUUCAAAAUAAAAUCCCAAUAUUGAUUAAAGCAAUAAAAAAUUUUUUUUAAAACAGAAACGAGAAGUUUUCAAAAAAAAAAUAUUGAUUUCAUUGACUUGAUGUUUUUUCAACUUUGAGGGCUUCAUACAGACAGGGGUCCAAAAUAGUUUGAAAGACCGGGAGAGGUUCUUUUUUUGAAAAGAGAAGAAUUUAGAAGAAUUCUGACCAAAAAAAGGGAAACUUUUGGAUACUUAAUAAUUUUUUCAACCAGGAUGCUUCCUUAAUUUCAAGUUGCAGAACUAAAAUUUUCAUUUUUUUUUUUUAAAUCAAAACUACCUAGCUAUUUUGAAUGAUGCGAGCAAAAAAAAAACAAAAUAAAUGUUCACAAGACGUGUAAAAUUCAGUUUUCGACUCAUAUCAAUAUUUUGGAUACCCCUUAAAAAGUUGAAAAAUGAAAAGUUAGAUGAUGUUUUUUUUUUUUUUUUUUUUGAAAAUUCAUGACAGGUACCUUAUUGCUAGAAGGAGGAAGGAAUGUAAUGAGUAGUUCUUCAAUUUUCACGAAUAAUAAAAAAAUAUAAAAUAUGAAAUUGAAAGUUACAUACUUUUUCGGUUUUUCUUAUCAUUAAAUAUCUUGGUUAAAAUUCAUUACUCACCUGGAACAAAAAAAAACAAAAUUCAUUCAUUACCUACUUGAUUGCAAAUAAAAUUACAAAAUACACAAUCAUUUUUGAAAGGAUCAAGCAAAAAGUCAACUCAGAGAGUUGAACUCGAAAAAAAACAAAACAAUCAUUCUUCUGGCGUAAAAAA